AUGAGUCUUAUACGUAGAGUUGCCAUUAUAGGAGGGGGUCCCGCAGGUCUAGCAGCUGCCAAGGCACUCAUGUUGGAACCUUCCAAGUUCUCCAUCGAUCUAUUUGAAAGAAGAGACAAACUCGGAGGCUUAUGGUACUACCAUGGAGACAAGGCGACAGUGUUGCCCUCAGUUCCAUCAACGGACCCCAAUGGAAGUGAAGUCCUCUUGGAAAACGGUUACAAGAACAGAUUUUUCUCGUCUAUGUAUAAUCAUUUGGAAACCAAUCUUAUUGAUAGGAUGAUGGAGUAUAAGGACGUACCAUUUGAGCCACGCAGCUUAGCAUUUAUCUCCCGCUCUGAAGUUCAUGAUUACCUAUUGAAGUAUGCCGAUACAAUCCCCGAAGGUGUGAAUUAUCGAUUGAAAACAAACGUAUUGGAGGUGUCUAAGAGCAAGGGCAUCUGGUCCAUUCAGUCGGAGAGUGUGGAGGGUGAAGCUCAACCAGAAGAGCACUACGAUGCCAUAAUUGUUGCAAAUGGUCAUACAGAGUUGCCUUUCAUUCCUAAUACCCCCGGCCUUUCUGAAUGGAACAGACAGGCUCCUGGUACCAUUACUCAUGCAAGGUAUUACAAGGAUGCAACCGAAUUUAGAGAUAAGACUGUCCUUAUCAUCGGAAACUAUGCUAGUGGCGUUGACUUAGCGACUCAGAUUGGCACAACUGCAAAAAGUGUUUACGUGAGCGUCAAGGACGAGAGUCUAUUGAUUGAAGUCGACGAACCGAACGUGGAAUACAUGAAGUUGGUUACCAGUUAUGAUUUUGCUGACAACAGAUCCGCAUACACUGUGGAUGGCAGAAAAGUAUCAGGCAUCGACACCAUCAUCUUUUGCACGGGAUACUUGUAUACGUAUCCCUUCUUGGAGAAGUAUCUUCCUGGAGUGACUGAUGGCAGUUGGGUUCCCAAUGUCUACAAGCAGAUCUUCAAUGUCGAGGAUCCUACAUUGGCAUUUGUGGGAUUGCCCAAGUUCAUUGUUCCUAUGCCAUUAUCAGAAAGUCAAAGUGCGUUAAUUGCCCGUGUGUACUCAGGAAGAUUGCAAUUACCACUGGCCGAGGCUCGCAGGCAAGAUUACCAGAAAGAGUUGGCUGGAAGAGAGAGUGGGAAAUCUUUCCACUCGUUGAAGCCUCCGCAGGACUAUGACUACUGCAAUGAGAUUCAUGACUGGAUCAUACGUGAAGGGCUCGAUACGAGUGGGUUGGUUCCAAUUUUCUGGGACUCGGAGAAGAUAACUGAUAGACAAAACGCGAAGGAGAUCAAGGACGCGAGAUACAUUGAUGUGGUGAAACAUGCCAGGAAGUUGAGAGAAGAGGGCCAGCUGUUUAAUAUGCCAGCCAAAGCCAAACCUAUAGAAUAUUGA